UCAAGAAUUAAGACGUGUAGUUGAAUUUUUAGAAAAAAUUACAAAAGAAAUUUCAAACAAACGCAAGCAAAAAUUAUAUAAACUUAGUGAAAAGUUACAUUUUUAGUUAUCCAGCAUCAACGAAUCAAGGAUAAAUUAAUAAACAAGCAAUUAAUAUAAGGCUUUAUAUUACAUUGAAACAUCAUCAUGGGAAAAGACUAUUAUUCCAUUCUUGGAGUGUCAAAGUCAGCCAACGACGAUGAACUGAAAAAAGCUUACCGGAAGUUGGCACUGAAAUACCAUCCAGAUAAAAACAAGUCCAAAGAUGCGGAAGAAAAGUUCAAGGAAAUCGCUGAAGCGUACGAAGUGUUGUCGGACAAGAAGAAGCGCGAUAUUUACGAUCAAUACGGCGAAGAAGGCUUGAAAGGAGGAGUUCCCGGAAGCGGCGGAUCCGGAUCUGAUGGUUCAGGAUUCACAUAUACCUUCCAUGGGGAUCCGCGGGCAACAUUUGCGCAAUUUUUCGGAAACAGCGAUCCAUUUGCCGCAUUCUUCGGCGGUUCGGGAGGCGGAAAUAUGUUCGAUGCCGAUAUGGGAGACGAAAAUGACAUUUUCGCACAAUUCGGCGGCGGAAGAGGAGGCGGCGGAUUUCCCGGAGGAACAUUCAGAUCACAAUCUUUCAACGUUGGGGGCAUGCCACAAGGCGGACAACGCAAACAAAAGAGUCAAGAUCCUCCCAUUGAGCAUGAUUUGUAUGUUUCGUUGGAAGAUGUCGACAAAGGUUGCAUGAAAAAGAUGAAAAUUAGUCGAUUAGUUGGACAAGCAGAUGGUUCCGCGCGCAAAGAAGAGAAGAUUUUGAACAUCAACGUGAAACCCGGAUGGAAAGCAGGCACAAAAAUCACAUUUCCAAAGGAAGGCGAUCAAAUACCCGGAAAAAUUCCCGCAGAUAUUGUCUUCAUCAUUCGUGACAAACCUCAUGAUAAAUUCAAACGCGAAGGAAGCGAUAUCAAAUAUACGGCGAAAAUUUCACUCAAACAAGCGCUUUGUGGAUGUACAGUGAAUGUGCCAACGUUACAAGGACAGACAAUUACGAUCAACACAUCGGGCGAAAUUGUCAAGCCAUUAACAGUAAAACGCAUGCAAGGCAGAGGAUUGCCUUUCCCCAAAGAACCCAGCAAGCGAGGCGAUUUGCUCGUGGCAUUCGACAUCAAAUUUCCCGAUAAUCUGUCAAAGAACACGAAAGAUCUUCUCAUGGAUAUGCUACCGAAUUAAAGAAAGACUGAAGUGCCGUCUCAACGUAAGCUACUACUAAACGUAAAUUAACCUGAACUGUACUGAAAACAAAAAAUAAAAUUAUCACUUCUCAUGAGAA